AUGCCAACUGCCCUACGGGCAGAUUGGAAACCCGCCCGAGUGAAACGUCGGCCAGGUGAUGAAAGUGGAGCGGCUAAAAAACAGAGGACAGAUAUGAGUGAAAAGAUGGACGUGGACAACGUUCAACAACAACAAUAUCAACAUACAGUUGGUGUGUCAGAACAAGAGAAAAUAUUAAUAAAUUUAUCUCGUAAAAUCAAACUCAAUCAUUUGGCAUGUGCAGUGAAAUUAUCAGAUAUUUUACCAAAUGAAUUAGAUAAAAAAUUGUAUCAUAUUGUGCAAAUAUUGAAUAUGAAUUUUAACACUGAUUAUCAAGUAACAAAAGUUAGUUCUGCCAUUGAUUUUGUGUGUCGGCGUCAAGAUUAUAAAGAUUUAUUUUUGUAUUCAAAUGUUGAUAAAAUGAUAAAAAAAUAUCACUCAGCACCACAUAUUGUCACUACACAAGUAUGUAUGAUAAAUUUAGAACCCUAUACAAAUAAAUGUGGACAUGAAUUGAAAACUGAACUUCAUGCAAAGGCAAAACUAUUAUAUAAAUUAGAGUCGGUUGAAAAAUGCACAAUAUCGACAGCUUUGUAUUUGAGACGUCACGUUUUAGUUUUGAAUUGGAAGCUGUGA